AUUUCUUUCUUUUAAAAGUCGGGAAGUCCUCAGUCGGCCACGACUCGGCGGAGCAACACCCUCCUCGCCACUCUGCUGGCCGUGUGUGGGAUUGAUGCUAACUUCCGUUUAUAACUCGCGCCAUUCAGGAGCUCACCUCUCUGCAAAAUUUUCUAUUACUGUGAUAUUCUAAUUUCGUAACCUCCAAACCUGCCUAUAAACCCUUAUCAUCACUCCCUGUAAAUAUCUCAUAACCCAGCCCCAGUUUCAGUCCAUAAACCCUAGUCUCUAAUCUGAGCUCUCAAAGCGUCGGAUUUUGGUAAUCUUUGACGAACCUAGGGUUUCGUAACCAUGAGUCCCAUUCAAAAUUUCGAGCAGCACUCGCGCAAUCUCAUCGAACCGGACCUCCCAAUUCAGACAAGGCUGCAAAUGGUGAUGGAGGUGCGGGACAGUUUAGAAAUAACGCACACAGGGGAGUAUUUGAACUUUCUAAAAUGCUAUUUUCGUUCGUUUUCCGUUAUUCUAUAUCACAUUACACAGCCACAAUCCACUGAUAAUCCCGAGCAUAAGCUGAGAAACAUUGUGGUUGAGAUUCUGAAUCGUCUGCCUCACAGUGAAGUGCUAAGGCCUUUUGUCCAGGAGCUGCUUAAGGUGGCUAUGCAUGUUCUCACCACAGAUAACGAGGAGAAUGGUCUAAUUUGCAUCCGGAUAAUCUUUGACUUGCUUAGGAACUUUAGGCCUACUCUAGAGGCUGAAGUGCAGCCCUUUUUGGAUUUUGUGUGUAAAAUCUACCAGAAUUUUAGGGCUACAGUUAGUUACUUUUUUGAAAGCGGGGCCUUGGCAGCUCCUCCACCAGUGCCACCAUCCAGUUCAGGAUCUACAUUGAGUGAGGGGGAUGCAAAGCCAAUGGAGGUCUCCGACCAAGUAGGUCCAUUGAGUGGUAACUUUGGAACUGGGCAGCUUAAUCCAAGUAUUAGGUCAUUUAAGAUUGUUACAGAGAGUCCUUUGGUGGUAAUGUUUCUUUUUCAGUUGUAUAGUCGACUGAUUCAGACAAAUAUUCCUCACUUGCUGCCACUGAUGGUUACUGCAAUAUCAGUGCCUGGUCCCGAGAAGGUUCCACCUCAUUUGAAAACCCACUUUAUUGAACUGAAGGGUGCACAAGUUAAGACAGUUUCUUUUUUGACUUACUUGUUGAAGAGUUGUGCUGAUUAUAUUAAGCCCCAUGAAGAAAACAUAUGUAAGAGCAUUGUGAAUUUGCUUGUCACUUGCUCUGACUCAGUUUCUAUUCGAAAGGAAUUGUUGGUGGCCUUGAAACAUGUGCUUGGCACAGAUUUCAAGAGGGGUUUAUUUCCCCUGAUUGACACACUUUUGGAGGAGAGGGUGCUUCUUGGGACUGGACGGGCAUGCUUUGAGUCAUUGAGGCCUUUGGCUUAUAGUCUACUGGCAGAAAUUGUUCACCAUGUCAGGGCAGAUCUUUCUUUGUCCCAGUUGUCGCGGAUCAUUUACCUAUUCUCAAGUAACAUGCAUGAUGCUUCAUUGGCAUUAGGCAUCCAUACCACUUGUGCUCGCUUAAUGUUGAAUCUGGUGGAGCCAAUUUUUGAGAAAGGUGUUGAUCAGUCGACCAUGGAUGAAUCUCGGAUUUUGUUGGGCCGGAUAUUGGAUGCUUUUGUUGGAAAAUUCAACACAUUUAAGCGAACUAUUCCACAGUUACUUGAAGAGGGAGAGGAGGGGAAAGGUCGAUCUACUUUGCGGUCAAAACUUGAACUUCCAGUGCAGGCAGUACUUAAUUUACAAGUUCCUGUGGAACAUUCCAAGGAAGUCAGUGAUUGCAAACAUCUAAUUAAAACCUUGGUUAUGGGAAUGAAGACGAUAAUUUGGAGUAUUACUCAUGCACAUUUGCCCCGAUCUCAGGUUUCCCCUUCAACACAUGGAACACCUCCUGCGCUUGCUUCAGCAUCUUCUGGUUCGUCAAUACCUCAACCUUUCAAAGGAAUGAGAGAGGACGAGGUUUGGAAAGCCUCUGGUGUUCUAAAAAGUGGAGUGCAUUGCUUGGCAUUAUUUAAAGAGAAGGAUGAAGAGAGGGAAAUGCUCCAUCUUUUUUCCCAGAUUUUGGCCAUCAUGGAGCCACGAGAUCUAAUGGACAUGUUUUCUUUGUGCAUGCCGGAGCUCUUUGAGUGCAUGAUUUCCAACAAUCAGCUAGUUCAUAUCUUUUCAACACUUCUGCAAGCCCCUAAAGUGUUCAAACCAUUUGCAGAUGUUCUGGUUAAUUUUCUUGUUAACAGCAAACUUGAUGUUCUGAAGCAUCCUGAUUCACCUUCAGCAAAACUUGUCUUGCAUCUCUUCCGGUAUUUAUUUGGUGCUGUUGCAAAGGCUCCUUCAGACUGUGAACGUAUUUUACAGCCUCAUAUACCUGUUAUAAUGGAAACUUGUAUGAAGAAUGCAACUGAGGUUGAGAAACCAAUUGAUUAUCUACAACUCCUUCGUACAAUGUUUCGUGCCCUUGCUGGUGGAAAAUUUGAAGGACUAUUGCGGGACUUGAUUGCAAUGUUGCAACCCUGUUUGAGUAUGUUGUUGGUUAUGCUUGAGGGACCUAGUGGUGAAGACAUGCGAGAGCUUCUUUUAGAGCUUUGCUUAUCACUGCCUGCACGCUUAAGUUCAUUGUUACCACACCUUCCUCGUCUAAUGAAGCCUCUUGUGCUGUGUCUCAAAGGAAGUGAUGAUCUAGUGAAUCUUGGUUUAAGAACACUUGAGUUUUGGAUUGAUAGCCUAAAUCCUGAUUUUCUGGAACCAAGUAUGGCAAAUGUUAUGUCUGAGGUGAUUCUGGCAUUAUGGUCUCAUUUGAGACCUGCACCUUAUCCUUGGGGUGGGAAAUCAUUACAGCUCCUUGGCAAGUUAGGUGGCCGUAAUAGACGUUUUCUCAAAGAGCCUCUUGCUCUUGAAUGCAAGGAAAAUCCAGAGCAUGGCCUUCGUGUAAUUCUUACAUUUGAGCCUUCCACCCCAUUUUUGGUACCACUUGAUCGUUGCAUAAAUCUUGCUGUGGCAGCUCUGAUGCAUAAGAAUGUCAGUGUUGAUGCUUUUUACCGAAAACAAGCAUUGAAGUUCUUGCGGGCAUGCCUGUCAUCUCAACUUAAUCUGCCGGGUAUUGCUAAUGAUGAGGGUUCAACAUCCAGGUUGCUGUCAACUAUGUUAGUUUCCACAGUUGACCCAACCUGGAGACGAUCUGAGAUGUCUGAUGUAAAGGCUGACUUGGGCGUCAAAACAAAGACCCAGCUUCUUGCUGAAAAAUCUGUGUUCAAGAUUCUCUUGAUGACCAUCAUUGCUGCAAGUGCUGAACCUGAUUUACAUGACCCCAAGGAUGAAUAUGUUGUCAAUGUUUGUCGCCAUUUUGCAAUACUGUUCCAUGUAGACAGUUUUGCCGCCCACACUUCAGUUUCAGCUGCUCCACUUGGUGUUUCUGGGCUUUCAAUCACUGCCAAGUCAAGAUAUAGUGCUUCUUCCAAUCUAAAGGAGUUGGAUCCCUUGAUCUUUCUGGAUGCUUUGGUGGAUGUUCUUGCUGAUGAAAAUAGACAGCAUACUAAGGCUGCAUUAGAUGCACUGAAUGUUUUUGCAGAAACACUUCUGUUUCUUGCCCGCUCAAAACAUUCAGACACACACACGCAAAGGGGAGGUCCAAGUACACCUAUGAUUGUCUCUAGCCCGUCAAUGAGUCCUGUAUAUUCACCACCUCCAAGUGUUCGUGUGCCUGUUUUUGAGCAGCUUUUACCCCGGCUUUUGCAUUGUUGUUAUGGAUGCACUUGGCAAGCACAAAUUGGAGGAGUCAUGGGGCUUGGUGCUUUGGUUGGAAAGGUAACUGUUGAAACACUCUGCCUUUUCCAAGUACGAAUUGUUCGAGGACUGGUUUAUGUCCUCAAGAGGCUUCCUAGUCAUGCUGCUAAAGAGCAGGAAGAGACAAGCCAAGUGCUUACGCAUGUCCUUCGUGUGGUGAAUAAUGUUGAUGAAGCUAAUAAUGAAGCACGUAAGCAGAGUUUUCAAGGAGUUGUUGAAUACUUGGCAUCAGAAUUGUUCAAUCCCAAUGUGUCUAUCAAUGUGAGGAAGAUUGUGCAGUCUUGUCUGGGGCUUCUGGCAAGUAGGACUGGUAGUGAGGUUUCAGAAUUGCUUGAACCAAUGUACCAACCUUUGCUUCAGCCCCUUAUAAUGCGCCCACUACGAUCAAAAACUGUUGAACAGCAAGUUGGGACAGUCACUGCUCUUAACUUCUGCCUUGCUUUGAGGCCUCCACUUCUGAAGCUGACUCAGGAGCUAGUCAAUUUCCUGCAAGAAGCUUUGCAAAUAGCUGAGGCUGAUGAAACUGUGUGGGUUAUGAAAUAUAUGAACCCUAAGGUGGCUGCUUUACUGAACAAACUCCGCACAGCAUGCAUUGAAUUACUCUGCACUGCUAUGGCAUGGGCAGAUUUCAAAACUCAAAAUCAUGCUGAAUUGCGUGCAAAAAUAAUUUCAAUGUUUUUCAAGUCUCUGACAAGCAGAAACUCAGAAAUUGUAGCUGUUGCGAAGGAGGGCUUACGACAGGUUAUAUUACAGCAACGGAUGCCUAAGGAGCUUCUGCAAAGCAGCCUUAGGCCAAUAUUGGUUAACUUAGCACAUACGAAAAAUCUGAGCAUGCCACUUUUGCAAGGUCUAGCUCGCCUUCUUGAACUGCUGUCCAAUUGGUUCAAUGUAACCUUAGGCGGGAAGUUGUUAGAGCACCUAAGGAAAUGGUUGGAACCUGAAAAACUUGCACAGUGCCAAAAAUCAUGGAAGGCAGGUGAAGAACCCAAAAUAGCUGCAGCUAUUAUUGAGCUUUUCCAUCUACUCCCCCAAGCAGCUGGGAAGUUUCUUGAUGAGCUAGUGACACUGACAAUAGAUUUGGAAGCUGCCCUUCCACCUGGACAAUUUUAUAGUGAGAUUAACAGUCCUUAUAGGCUCCCACUUACCAAAUUCUUGAAUAGGUAUCCAACAGCUGCUGUUGAUUACUUUCUUGCUCGAUUAUGUCAGCCCAAAUACUUCAGACGGUUUAUGUACAUUAUAAGGUCAGAUGCUGGCCAGCCUUUGAGAGAAGAACUAGCGAAGUCACCUGAAAAGAUAAUUGCAAGUGCCUUUCCAGAAUUUGCUCCAAAAACCGAUGCUUCAAGUGUACAAGAACCUGCUAAUAGACAAAACACUUUGGUGGGUGAUGAAGCCGUUACAGCGCAUCAAUCGGAGACUUCUAUGACUGCUGCCUCAACUUCGGGUGGCACGCAAGAUGCUUACUUUCAGGGUCUUGCCUUGGUCAAGACUUUGGUCAAAUUGAUGCCUACCUGGUUGCAAAACAAUCGUAUUGUCUUUGAUACUCUGGUUCUAAUGUGGAAGUCACCUGCAAGAAUCUCACGGCUACAAAAUGAGCAGGAGUUGAACUUGGUGCAAGUCAAGGAGAGCAAAUGGCUUGUCAAAUGCUUCCUGAAUUACUUACGACAUGAUAAGGCUGAAAUGAAUGUUCUAUUUGAUAUCCUCUCAAUCUUCUUGUUUCGUACUCGCAUAGACUUUACUUUCCUUAAGGAGUUCUAUAUUAUAGAGGUUGCUGAGAGCUAUCCACCUGACAUGAAGAAAACCCUGCUCCUACACUUUCUGAACCUUUUCCAGUCAAAGCAACUUGGUCAUGAUCACUUGGUUGUCAUUAUGCAAAUGCUUAUUCUUCCAAUGCUUGCUCAUGCCUUUCAGAAUGGCCAAACCUGGGAGGUCGUCGACUCUGCUAUAGUUAAGACUAUUGUUGACAAGCUUCUGGACCCUCCUGAAGAGGUGUCUGCUGAUUAUGAUGAGCCAUUGAGGAUAGAGCUUCUACAACUUGCUACAUUGCUUCUCAAGUAUCUUCAGACUGAUCUUGUUCAUCACCGGAAGGAGCUUAUCAAAUUUGGUUGGAAUCACCUUAAACGUGAAGAUAGUGCCAGUAAGCAGUGGGCAUUUGUAAAUGUUUGCCACUUCCUGGAGGCUUAUCAAGCUCCAGAAAAAAUUAUACUUCAGGUUUUUGUUGCACUCCUUAGAACAUGCCAGCCAGAGAAUAAAAUGUUGGUAAAACAGGCACUUGAUAUACUUAUGCCUGCUCUUCCGCGAAGGUUGCCUCUUGGUGAAUCCCGUAUGCCUAUUUGGAUACGCUACACUAAAAAGAUUCUUGUUGAGGAAGGUCAUUCUAUCCCUAAUCUGAUACACAUAUUUCAGCUCAUUGUCCGUCAUUCAGAUCUAUUCUACAGCUGUAGAGCACAAUUUGUACCUCAGAUGGUGAAUUCCUUAAGCCGCCUUGGAUUGCCAUAUAACACAACAGCAGAAAACAGACGGCUUGCUAUCGAACUUGCUGGGUUAGUAGUGAAUUGGGAAAGACAAAGACAAAGUGAAAUGAAAGUAGUCCCUAAUAAUGAUGGCAAUAGUCAGAAUGCUGAUGGAUUAAAUCAUGUUUCUGCGGAUCCCAAGCAUCCUGUGGAUGGAUCUUCAUUUUCAGAAGAUGCUAGUAAGCGAGUAAAGGUUGAGCCUGGUCUUCAAUCCCUCUGUGUCAUGUCACCAGGUGGUGCCUCAUCAAUUCCUAACAUUGAAACUCCUGGAUCAGCUGGGCAACCUGAUGAAGAGUUUAAGCCAAAUGCAGCAAUGGAAGAAAUGAUAAUCAACUUCCUUAUACGAGUAGCCUUGGUAAUAGAACCAAAGGAUAAGGAAGCUAAUCUGAUGUACAAGCAGGCUUUGGAUCUCCUAUCACAAGCUUUGGAAGUCUGGCCCAAUGCCAAUGUAAAAUUUAAUUAUUUAGAGAAGCUUCUUAGCAGUAUUCCUCCUUCUCAGUCAAAGGACCCCUCCACAGCUCUUGCCCAAGGGCUUGAUGUGAUGAACAAAGUUUUGGAGAAGCAACCUCAUCUCUUUGUCCGAAAUAAUAUCAACCAGAUAUCACAAAUUUUAGAACCAUGCUUUAAGUUCAAAAUGCUAGAUGCUGGGAAUUCAUUGUGUUCCUUGUUGAAGAUGGUUUCCUUUGCUUUUCCUCCAAAUGCCUCUAAUACUCCGCAUGAAGUGCGGAUCUUAUAUCAAAAAGUGGAGGAGCUCAUACAGAAGCACCUUGCUGUGGCUGCAGUGCCUCAAACAUCUGGAGAAGACAAUUCAUGGAGCACAAUUAGCUUUGUGCUUUAUGUAAUCAAAACAUUAGCGGAAGUGCACAAAAAUUUUGUUGACCCAAGUAAUCUGGUACAUGUUCUUCAACGUUUGGCACGGGAUAUGGGUUCUUCCAUUGGUACUCAUGUGAGACAGGGUCAGAGAUCAGAUCCAGAUUCUGCAGUCACCUCCUCCCGUCAAGGUGCUGAUGUUGGAGUAGUCAUUGCUAAUCUGAAAUCAGUUUUGAGUCUUAUUAGUGAAAGGGUCAUGUCAGUUCCAGAAUGCAAACGAUCUGUAACCCAAAUACUGAAUUCCUUGCUCUCAGAAAAGGGAACUGACCCUUCUGUGUUGCUCUGCAUACUUGAUGUAAUAAAGGGAUGGAUUGAAGAUGAUUUUGGUAGACCAGGAACUGUUGUUGCAUCUAAUACUUGCCUUAAUCAAAAGGAUGUGGUUUCUUUCAUUCAAAAGCUUUCACAAGUUGAUAAACAGAGCUUCUCCAGUGCUGAGGAAGAGUGGGACCAGAAAUAUCUCAUGCUUCUCUAUGGACUUUGUGCAGACUCAAACAAGUAUCCUAUAUCUCUUCGCCAAGAAGUUUUCCAAAAAGUAGAGAGGCAAUUUUUGCUUGGUUUACGGGCAAAAGAUCCUGAAAUGCGGAUGAGGUUCUUCUCUCUUUAUCAUGAAUCCCUUGGGAAGACCCUCUUCUCAAGAUUGCAGUAUAUUAUCCAAUUUCAGGACUGGGAGGCAUUGAGCGAUGUAUUUUGGCUUAAACAAGGUCUUGAUCUUCUCCUUGCCAUUUUGGUUGAGGAUAAGCCCAUUACACUGGCACCAAAUUCUGCCAAGGUUCCUCCGCUGAUGGUAUCUGGUUCAGUUGCUGAUAGUAGUGCAGCACAACCAAUGAUCUUGGAUGUUCCAGAAGGUUCUGAGGAGGCUCCCCUAACGUUUGAUAGUCUUGUCUCAAAGCAUGCACAAUUUCUUAAUGAAAUGAGCAAGCUUCAGGUUGCUGAUCUUGUUAUUCCACUGAGAGAACUGGCCCAUACAGAUGCAAAUGUUGCUUACCACCUUUGGGUUUUGGUAUUUCCCAUUGUCUGGGUAACCUUGCACAAAGAAGAGCAGGUAGCACUUGCUAAGCCAAUGAUAACUCUGUUGUCAAAAGACUAUCAUAAGAAACAGGCUAUGCAGCGGCCAAAUGUUGUUCAAGCUCUUUUAGAAGGACUUCAGCUAAGCCAUCCUCAACCUCGAAUGCCCAGUGAGCUCAUCAAAUAUAUUGGAAAGACUUAUAAUGCUUGGCACAUUGCUUUAGCAUUGCUGGAAAGUCACGUGAUGCUAUUCAUAAAUGACACAAAAUGCUCGGAGUCUUUGGCUGAGCUUUACCGAUUACUCAACGAAGAAGAUAUGAGGUGUGGUUUAUGGAAAAAACGGUUAAUUACAGCUGAAACACGAGCUGGGCUUUCUCUUGUACAGCAUGGGUAUUGGCAGCGUGCCCAAAGUCUCUUCUACCAAGCCAUGCUUAAGGCAACUCAAGGCACUUAUAACAAUACUGUUCCUAAAGCUGAGAUGUGCCUCUGGGAAGAGCAGUGGCUAUCUUGUGCUACUCAACUCAGUCAAUGGGAUGCACUAGUAGACUUUGGGAAGGUGAUUGAUAAUUACGAGAUAUUACUUGAUUGUCUAUGGAAGCAGCCUGAUUGGGCAUAUUUGAAAGAUCAUGUUAUUCCUAAGGCUCAAGUUGAGGAGACUCCAAAGCUCCGUAUAAUACAAGCCUAUUUUGCUCUUCAUGAAAAGAAUACAAAUGGAGUGGCGGAGGCCGAGAGCAUUGUGGGGAAAGGUGUCGAUCUUGCUCUGGAACAGUGGUGGCAGUUGCCUGAUAUGUCCAUUCAUUCAAGAAUUCCACUUUUACAGCAAUUUCAACAACUGGUUGAAGUUCAGGAAUCAUCUCGUAUUAUUAUUGACAUUGCCAAUGGAAACAAAAUUUCUGGAAAUCCUGUUGUUGGUGUUCAUGGUGCCGUAUAUGCAGAUCUGAAGGACAUCCUUGAGACGUGGAGACUGAGGACACCUAAUGAAUGGGACAACUCGUCUGUUUGGUAUGAUUUGUUCCAAUGGAGGAAUGAAAUGUAUAAUGCAGUCAUUGAUGCAUUUAAGGACUUUAGUUCUACAAAUUCACAAUUGCAUCAUCUUGGGUAUCGUGACAAGGCAUGGAAUGUAAAUAGGCUUGCCCAUAUUGCUCGUAAACAAGGACUUUAUGAUGUCUGUGUGUCCAUUCUGGAGAAAAUGUAUGGGCAUUCAACAAUGGAAGUUCAGGAAGCCUUUGUAAAAAUAAGAGAACAAGCUAAAGCUUAUUUAGAAAUGAAGGGAGAGUUAACCAGUGGACUUAAUUUGAUCAACAGUACUAACCUGGACUAUUUUUCUAUCAAACACAAGGCUGAAAUUUUUCGCCUUAAGGGGGAUUUCUUGCUGAAGCUUAGUGAUUGUGAAGGGGCAAACCUUGCAUAUUCAAAUGCUAUCACUCUUUUCAAGAAUUUGCCUAAGGGAUGGAUUAGCUGGGGGAAUUAUUGUGAUAUGGCUUACAAAGAAUGCCAUGAGGAGAUAUGGCUAGAGUAUGCAGUCAGCUGCUUUUUACAAGGCAUAAAGUUCGGCAGCCCUAAUUCUAGAAGCCACCUUGCACGUGUUUUAUAUCUUCUCAGCUUUGACACUGCAAAUGAGCCUGUAGGAAGGGCAUUUGAUAAGUACUUAGACCAAAUACCUGACUGGGUUUGGCUUUCUUGGAUCCCUCAGCUGUUACUUUCCUUACAGAGGAGUGAGGCUUCUCAUUGCAAACUUGUUCUUUUGAAAAUUGCUACUGUGUAUCCACAGGCAUUGUAUUACUGGUUGCGUACAUAUUUGCUUGAGCGCCGUGAUGUUGCGAAUAAAUCUGAAUAUGGUAGAAUGGCAAUGGCUCAACAAAGAAUGCAGCAAAAUGCCUCUGCUGCCAAUGUAGCUGGGUCUAUGGGGUUGGUUGAUGGGAAUGCUAGAGUAACUGGUCAGACAGGUGGUGGUUCAUCAGCAACAGAAAAUCAUGUUCCCCAAGGAACUCAGAGUGGCAUAGGGGUUGGAUCUCAUGAUGCCAGUAGCUCUCAGGUUCAGGAAUCUGAAAGGCAAGCGCAUGUUGAAGGUGGCAUGCCUUCUGGAACUGAUCCACACCAGAGUUCGUCUGCUGGUGAUGGUGGUCAGAAUUCAAUAAGGCGUAAUGCUACUUUGGGUUUGGUUUCUUCUGCUGCUAGUGCUUUUGAAGCUGCAAAGGAUAUAAUGGAGACGCUGAGAAGUAAACAUACUAACCUGGCUAGUGAACUUGAGAUUUUGCUCACUGAAAUUGGUUCAAGGUUUGUCACUUUACCAGAAGAGAGACUGCUAGCUGUUGUUAAUGCUCUGCUUCACCGAUGUUACAAGUACCCGACUGCAACUACAGCUGAAGUUCCACAGUCUUUAAGGAAGGAGCUGUCUGGUGUUUGUAGGGCAUGUUUCUCAGCAGAUGCUGUGAACAAGCAUGUAGACUUUGUAAGAGAGUACAAACAAGAUUUUGAACGAGAUCUUGAUCCUGAGAGUACAGCAACAUUCCCGGCUACACUUUCUGAACUGACAGAACGUUUGAAGCACUGGAAAAAUGUUCUGCAAAGUAAUGUUGAGGACCGUUUUCCAGCUGUUCUGAAGUUGGAAGAUGAGAGUAGGGUGUUGCGGGACUUCCAUGUUGUUGAUGUGGAAGUUCCAGGGCAAUAUUUUACUGACCAGGAAGUAGCACCUGAUCACACAGUGAAGUUGGAUAGGGUGGGAGCUGACAUUCCAAUUGUUCGGAGGCAUGGCAGCAGUUUCCGUCGCUUGACCCUUAUUGGGUCUGAUGGUUCACGGCGCCAUUUUAUUGUCCAGACAUCAUUGACACCUAAUGCUAGAAGUGAUGAACGGAUCUUGCAACUUUUCCGUGUUAUGAAUCGAAUGUUUGACAAGCACAAGGAAUCCAGAAAGCGACACAUAUGUAUUCACACGCCAAUUAUUAUACCCGUGUGGUCACAGGUGCGCAUGGUGGAAGAUGAUUUGAUGUACAGCACAUUCCUCGAGGUAUAUGAGAACCACUGUGCUAGAAAUGAUCGAGAGGCGGACCUACCAAUAACUUUUUUUAAGGAGCAACUCAACCAAGCAAUAUCUGGGCAAAUGUCACCAGAAGCUGUUGUUGACCUUCGGCUUCAAGCAUAUAAUGAGAUAACAAAAACUCUUGUGUCUGACAGCAUAUUUUCACAGUAUAUGUACAAAACCCUUUUGAGUGGGAAUCAUAUGUGGGCUUUCAAAAAGCAGUUUGCGAUUCAGUUGGCACUUUCAAGCUUCAUGUCUUUCAUGCUCCAAAUUGGUGGUCGUUCCCCAAACAAGAUAUUAUUUGCUAAAAACACGGGGAAAAUAUUCCAGACUGAUUUUCAUCCCGCAUAUGAUGCAAAUGGAAUGAUCGAAUUCAAUGAACCGGUGCCGUUCCGGUUGACCAGGAACUUGCAAGCAUUUUUCUCCCAUUUUGGAGUGGAAGGUCUGAUCGUUUCUUCCAUGUGUGCAGCUGCUCAGGCUGUGGUUUCACCUAAACAAAUCCAGCAUCUGUGGUACCACUUGGCAAUGUUUUUCCGUGAUGAACUGCUAUCGUGGUCUUGGAGAAGACCGCUAGGAAUGCCGAUGGCUCCUGUUGUUGGUGCAGCUCAUCUGAACCCUGUUGACCUGAAGCAAAAGAUCAGUACAAAUGUUGAGCACGUAAUUGGGCGGAUCAAUGGAAUAGCACCACAGUGCAUAUCGGAAGAGGAGGAGAAUGUGAUGGAUAAUCCACAGUCCGUGCAGAAGGGUGUAGCCGAAUUGGUGGAGGCGGCCCUCACUCCCAGGAAUUUAUGCAUGAUGGACCCAACAUGGCAUCCCUGGUUUUGAAUUUUGAAUUCUGAAUUUUGAUUGAUUAAUUUCGCAAAAACUUACUUUGGCAGGCACAAUGGAAAACUAAUCAUUCACCCUGUAAAUUGCACUGUAGUUAGUAGCCGUUUUCUAAAUGAUGCUCCAAAACUGUAUAUAGAUGAUCUUUGUUAGUUUAUAUGUUACAGCUAGAGGGAAGUGCAUUUUUUUUUAU